CUCCCUCUCUCUGUGGGACCAACCGUCUAUUUGAAAGCAAAAGCGGAUCGUUCAUUUUAUGUGUUUUUGUCACAAAAAUGUGCUGCCGUCUACUUGUUGGCGCAUCACGUUCGUUCGACGACCAAAUGCGGAUAACGUGGCGUAGCUGAGUACCAUUUGACGGGAGGUUGGUACAAGUCCCAGCCACAUCCAUGGAUGAUGCAGGAUUUGUUACCUGUACUGCAAGCACCGGCAGUAACAGCCACAGCAGCAGUAGCCAAGCGGUGAUCAAGGUCUUUUGUUUUUGACCUCGCUGCACUUGAUCGACUGAUUGAAUCCGAGUGACUGUCAAGAUGCGUUCCAGUGUGGAUGGACAUUCCAGUCCCCACAGCAGAGGACACACCAAUGACAAUAACAACAACAACAACAGCAGCAGCAUCAAUGAAAACAGUGGAAAUAACGGUUCCCAGUAUGCACUGUGCGCUCUGGGUGUUGGACUCGUGGCCCUGGGCAUUGUCAUGAUCGUCUGGAGCGUGGUGCCUGCAGGCCCGAAUGCGAACAACAGCAACAGUAAUUCAGGUGGCGGAGAAGCUGAUUCAUCUGGGAACAGGAAAAGUAAAGCUUCCUCUGUGGCCUUUGUCCUGGUGGCCUCGGGGGUGGUCAUGCUGCUGAUGUCCUUGUGCCUGGGAAUGAGGAACAAGCAGAGGGAGCAGCGGAGGCUCCAGGAGGCCCAGAACCGCAGAGCUGUGACCGCCAGGGAGAAUGGCGAUGUAGAAAUUGCCGAGCAAGACACCCGACGCUACGCUGUGCCCACCUACGAAGAGGCAGUAGGCAGUGGCCAGUACCCAGUCCGUCAAAGCAAUGUUCAGCCCAGCUCCUCCCAGCUCCCCUCCUACGAUGACUUGGUCCAAGUUGACGGGGUGCAUUAUGAAUUAGAAGGUCCAGAGGUCGAGGAUCCCGGGUCGCAACUCGGCCCCGCCUCCGGCGCCACACCCGCAUCUGCUUCCGCCUCAAAUCGGAGACUAAAUAAAAGCACCCGCAAGCUCCUCCCUAUCAAGAUCCGCAGAAUCAAAUCGGAGAAGGUGCCCAAUUCUCAACUGGCUGCUGGCAUUAGUAUAGAACCUCUCACCCCGCCACCGCAGUAUGAAGACAAGGCGCCCCCCAUCUGAUGAUAACUUUCAAACCUGAAAUUGCAAUCUUCCGUCAAUCAGGACCGCAUCAAGACGACAAGCCUUGGUGAACGCAUGGCCGAGGUAGACAAGCAUCAAAUAGUCUUUCGUCAUGCCUGCGUCGAUUCAUUUGAUGGAACAUCUCAUGAGACUUCGCCGGGGAUUAUUUGUGCGCACGUGAGGAACCGGGAGCAACCGUCGCUGACUCCAGCCAGCAGAGUGGGUGACAUUCGUCUCUGCAGGCUACCACAACUGUUAACAACACACCACAGCAGGAGCCGCUUGUGAUAUCACCGCUUUGAGAGCUUCGUAACAAAGACGAGACAUUUUGGACAAGUGUUGGCUUCUGUUCAAGCAACACAUCCUUUUUAUUACGCAAGACCAACAUGCCUUCGAUUUUUCUGAACCCUGCAAUGGAAUUCAGCGGGAAAUUGCACCACAAUUAGCGACCAGGAUUAAACUGGAACUCUUAUUUUUCCAGCAGAGCAUCAUGAGCGGCGCAAUCACUUUUCGACGAGACGACGUGCAUUUCCACAUGACACUACGCUAACGUGGCAGACGUUAUGAGUUACUAUUACGAGUAGAAUCUCUCUACUACGACUGAAUGGAUAAUGUUGGGUUAUAUUGUGUUUUUCUAUGACCGCGUCCUUCUACUUUUUGUGACAUUUGUUCACACAGAAACGAAACGAGCUUGAUUUCGAAUAACACUUUACAUUAUUACUUGUUACACGGUGCUUUUGUUUGCAUUUAUAGAUCACAGUUCCCAUCCAACAUACCCAAACACACUUGUUGAAAUUUCAUUGCAUUUGCAUCAUAUUUAUAUAUUUUGUAAUUGAUUAAU